AUGGAAGGAGCAGUGGGUAUAGGAAUUCAUCAAGGAUCAAAUGCUUCAACAGAAAGAGAGAGUGAAAAUACUGAAAAUCAAAAGGAAGCAAACACUUCAAAUGAAAAUAAAAUUCAAAAUGAACGAUUGGUCGACGACCUCAAACUAAUGAUUGACGCGCCAGUGCCUCCAUUAUCAAUUGAAUGUUGUAUCAGAAGAAUUCCAGAUGACCUUCGCCAAGUGAAGGAACAAGCCUACACUCCUACGACUAUUUCAAUUGGCCCUAUUCACCGCUGCAAAAAUAAAUUUCAAAUCAUGGAAACGUGUAAAGUACGGUAUUUUAAGAGUUUCAUUUCCCAGACCAAGAUAAACUUGGAGAAUUUAGUAAGCACUAUAAGUGACAUGGAAGAAAGAAUUCGAAGUUGCUAUGUAGAGGCUACUUUGCCCUUCAUGCACAGUGAUGAAUUCGUGAAAAUGAUUCUGGUGGAUGCGGUCUUCAUUCUUGAGCUGUUCUAUAGAUAUAGUAAUAAUUCUUGGGAAAUGGACGAUCUUAUUUUAAGUGGCCAAUUAUGGUGUACAAAACGUGACUUGAUAUUACUUGAAAACCAGCUUCCAUUCUUUGUUCUUGAGAAACUAUUCGACCUUAUUUCUCCCUAUCGCUCAAACUCUUUUUCUUUCAUUCACCUUACCUUUGAGUUCUUUGACCAUUUCAAUGUUCAAAAAAUCCCUGAUAAUGUGAAAAUAGAACACUUCACUGAUUUGAUUAGAACCUUUCAAAUACCUCUACUAAUAUUCCUUCCAGAAAGACGAACUGAAAAGUUUACACUUUUGUUCUCUGCAACACAACUGCAUGAGGCAGGAGUGAAGUUUAAGGUGAGUUCAAGCAAAUGCUUAGCAGACAUAACAUUUGAAUUCACGAACGGAUUGUUGGAAAUCCCACGCUUAGAGCUACAUGAUGGGACGGAAACUCUUAUUCGAAAUGUUAUGGCAUUAGAGCAAUUUUGUUACCCGACAAACAAAUACGUUACGGAUUACUUUAUCUUCUUGGAUGACCUUAUCAACACUACCAAUGAUAUGGAUUUGCUUUGCAAUAAGAAAAUCGUGAUUAAUUAUCUAGGCAACAACAGUGCAGCAACAUCCUUUUUCAACAAUCUUAACACAAAUAUCUCAAUGCCAGGUGUUUACUCAAAUUACAAUCAUAUUUGUCAAGAUUUGAAUAAAUUCUGUGAGAAACCUUGGCACAAAUGGAAGGCAACGUUAGGGCAUCAAUAUUUUAGCACUCCUUGGAGAACUGCUUCUACCAUCGCUGCUAUUAUCUUUCUGGUGUUCACGUUCAUACAAGCAGUAUGCUCUAUUAUCCAAAUAGUGCCUAUUGUUUGA